AGGGGUCCCCUAAUAAACACAGCAGUAAAAUGGGGAAAGUAUGAAGAUGCUCUCCCUCUUCAUACUGCCUGAUAUGGCAUCAAAUUAUGCAUUUAGAUUUCUUCUUCAUUUGGAUUUCAAAUGUUUAAUUAAAAUCAAAAGAAAAAUCAGAGGAGAGAGAGAGAGAGAGAGAGAGAGAGAGAGGGAGAGUGAGAGAGAAUAGGAAUACAUUAGAGUCGGUCUAGGGAGCGGAAAUGGAAGUGUGGAGCGGGGUUUCUGGCAAGAAAUUAGAGAGAAAAAUAUGGCAUUUAUAUAGGCGGCUUUAGAUUUUGCAUUUAAAACUUGAAUUUUGAAAAAUUUAUUUGUUCCCCUCAAUAUCUUUGCAUUAUUUUGUUUAACUUUACAUAUAUUAUUGAUCCGAUCUGUUUCUCAGACAGCUCUAACAACUGGGUGUGAGAAAAAUCCGAAGCCUUCAGAUUCUUUUUUUUUUUUUUUUUUUUUUCUGAAUUUUUUCUCUUUCUUGAUGUAUAUAAGAUAUAUGUGUACCAGAAAGUUACAAUCUUUGCUGAAUUAUGGGGGUGUUUUUUCUUCCCAAAAAAGUUGCCGAUCUUGACUCCAUAACCUGCGAGAUAUUAUGUGAUCAGCUAGGGAUGAUAAAUUUGGAAUCUGCGUAUUUUUUUCUUUGACUUUGCCCUUUUCUUGAUUUAUUACGAAAUAAAUUUCCUUUCCAUUUUGGGUUCUUUUCUUUUAUAUGCAACUCUCAGAUUUUGUGGAAUUCUCUUUUAAAUUUUCAAGAUUUUGUUGUAUCUUUAAGGAUUGUAAUUAUAAUGGUGUUAUGUGGGAAUGAAUCUUAUAUAUAGUCCCCCUCUGAGUUUGUUUCACUCAAAAUCUUCAACUUUGUGCUGAGAGAUUUGAUGGCAAUGGGGCAAGAAGAACAUCCCCAGAAGUGUAGUAAUAGUAGCAGUGAUGGUGGGGGUGAGGGUGUUUGUAGUAGUAGAUCUUCCAAAAAAAUGAAACCAAAAAAAAUCCCCCAAAGAGGAUUAGGGGUUGCUCAGCUGGAGAAGAUUAGAUUAGAGGAACAACAUAGAAGAGAUAAUCCUUUCCAAGCAGUUAGCCUUUUAUCACCCAAUUCAAUGGUUUCAUCCUUACAAAUCCCACAAUCACAUAGCAUUUUAUUACCCAAUAUCUCUCGCCCUCACCUUUCGUCUUCCCCUUCAUCAACCCCUCUGCCGCCCCCUCCACCGCCCCCUGAUAUCACCUCACCGAGUUUUAGAGCGUCCCCGACCUCGAAGGUUGAUCAGCCUUUGCAUUCGAAUCCCGCUGUUCAAUUCUCGAAGCAAUUGAAUCUGGGAGGAGGCGAUAGGGGUAGGUUGAUGAUUCCGGGCAAUAGUUACUGGCCCAAAUUGUGGAAUGGUGAAUACAAUCUUGAAGGAGAGAAUCACCAUGGGAUCACUUUUAGGCCUAACAUAAACUUGCCUAUCGAAUCACAUACCUCGGUUUUGCCUCUCCCGAGAUCACAACAGUAUCAGCAACCCGCUUCUUCUUCGAUGGUGAACAACUUGUCCGAGAUUUCAUCAUCAUCUGUAAGGAAUUUUCAGAUAGAGCCCCCUUCAAACCAAAAUUACCGUGGCAAUGAUUAUGCACCUCUGUGGCCUGAGGAAGUGAAGAUGGUUGGUGUUAAGAGGCCAUACCCUUUCUCGCCCGAAUAUCCACCUCUUCCCUCGUUUAAUUACAAAUUUCCACAUGGCUAUGUUCCUUCCACGUCUAGACCGAAUGAACCAACGUCCUGUACCAAUGGUAGCAUAGUCAUCAAUGUAGAAUCGCGCAAUCUGCCUAUAAGGGAAGACACUUCAAACUCGAAUAAUGCACAGUUUGAUUCCAACUCGAGGAGUUUUAAUCAAGAAAACGGAGGUCUUAACGGAGAUUUCCUCUCGUUGGCCCCUCCAUCAGCGGCAUUACAAAUAGAUCCUAGAUACCACCAUUAUUCAAGAAAUCCACUCCCCCUCAAUCAAGAAGCAUCCAGUCAGAGAGGCGGUGAAGAGUUCAUGAAACGGUCAGGGAUUAAUGAAUCAGCUGAACCACAGAUUUUCAGCUUCUUCCCGGCUGCAAAGGUGCAAACUACUGAUGUAGAAGAAAGCCCUAAAAGAAGAUACAACAGUGACUCGAAUGGAGUCGUCGAUCUGAACCUGAAGCUAUAGCCUACCCAAUCUCUUUUAAUGUUUUUGCGAAGCUAGAAUAGAAUGUCCAUUGUUUUCAUGGUUUCUAGUCAUUGUACGUUUUACAUUACAUGAUGGAUGGAUGAAUGUUCUUUUUAGUCCUUAAUAUACACAACUUACUUUC